AUGCUUUCCUAUCUGCUUUCGUGGAUGACGGUGGAAAAUCGCUUCACCAGCACCUCGCCCCUUCCUCCGUCUAUCCCCCCCGAAAGAGUUAUCGAGGUACUCCACGACCAUGUGACGAUGAUAAAACUGAAUCCCUUGGUCAUUGAUCUCCAAAGAUGCGAGCCUCACGAGGAUGCCCCUGCGACCGAGCGUGAUCUUUUCUGGUACGAGAUAACCGAUAAGGUAUCCUAUCUACCAUUCGGGCUUCUUUCAGGCAAGGUCAAAUAUAAGGGUUGCUUUAAGGACGUUCCGACGGGCCUACAGACCCAUAUUUACGCUCCCUUGGGGCUACGUACCAAGAAUACGUGGACCGUUGAGGGUCAGAUGGAUGAACCUCAAUUGAAAGAAGAUGUUUUUAUGACAUGUAACAUCCUGAUGGCACCGUUCGUAAAGGCAACAAUCAAGUCUUCCCACGGUCCUUUGGUAGAACGGCUGAUCAUGGAAGCGGAGUUACCAGACGGAGAUCGGAAGUCAUCUGUAGGAGAGCAUGUGGAAAGACAGGCAGAUCGGUCAGCUCUUUACAAAAGAAAGUAG